GGGGUGGGACUGGCAGUGCAGAUGAUCCUGUUCCACUCGAACAUCGCCUACACAGUCAUCAUCGGAUGGGCCCUGUUCUACCUCUUCAUGCCCUUGUCAACCAUUCCCAAAGUGCCCUGGGACACGUGUCACGGGUGGUGGAACACCAGGUUCUGCUACGAAGCCGACGAUUGGGCGAGUGAGGCUGAGUUUCAGCUAAACCGCAGCAUCUCCAUGAAUAUGUCAAAGUCCCCGGUAGAAGAAUAUUGGGACAAUCGAGUUCUGCAACUCACAGAUGGUUUGGAGAAUGCAGGUGGAAUGCAGUGGGAACUCGUGGGAUUCGUGGCUCUGGCCUGGCUGCUCAUCUACGUUGUCGUCUGGAGAGGCCUGCAAAACAGUGGCAAGAUAAUUUGGGUCACGGCCAUGUUCCCGUACAUGAUGCUCAUAAUAUUGUUCGUGAGGGCCAUCAGUCUUCCAGGUGCGAAAGAUGGGAUCUACUUCUACCUGAAACCCGAUUUCUCGCGACUGGCUGACCCAAUAACCUGGCUGGACGGCGGGUCGCAGGUCUUCUACUCUUACGGCCUGGGCUUUGGAACCCUUUUUGCCCUGGGUUCAUACAACAAGUUCCAUCACAACUGCUACAGGUGAGGCAGAUU